GGAGCCUGUCAUUUUCACUUCCUGGAUGCGCACAGCUGACAGUGCUGCACAAUGGAAAUACUCACUUUAUUGAGCUUAUUUUCCACAUAUUUAUUAGCAAACAGCGUUAACAUCGAGGAUAGCGCAGGACAAUUCUUCAGCAGUGGUCACACCAAUAACUGGGCAGUUCUGGUGUGCACAUCCAGAUUCUGGUUCAACUACCGUCAUGUGGCCAAUACUCUGUCUGUCUACAGAAGUGUUAAGAGACUGGGCAUCCCUGACAGCCACAUAGUCCUGAUGCUAGCUGAUGACAUGGCUUGUAACCACAGAAACCCGAAGCCGGCCACAGUGUUUAGCCACAAGAACAUGGAGCUGAAUGUGUAUGGUGACGAUGUGGAGGUGGACUACCGAGGAUAUGAGGUGACGGUGGAGAACUUCCUGCGAGUUUUAACUGGAAGGCUGCCGCCCAGCACUCCGCGCUCCAAACGCCUCCUCUCUGAUGACCGAAGCAACAUCCUCAUAUAUCUUACAGGCCAUGGUGGAAAUGGCUUUCUGAAGUUCCAGGACUCAGAGGAGAUCAGUAAUGUGGAACUGGCCGACGCUUUUGAACAGAUGUGGCAGAAAAGAAGGUACAACGAGCUGCUCUUCAUCAUUGACACCUGUCAGGGCGCCUCAAUGUAUGAGAGGUUCUACUCUCCAAACCUCAUGGCUCUGGCCAGCAGUCAAGUUGGAGAGGACUCUCUGUCGCAUCAACCAGAUUUGGCCAUCGGAGUCCACCUGAUGGACCGUUACACUUUCUACCUGCUGGAGUUCCUGGAAGACAUCCACCCUGCAAGCAAAGCCAACAUGAACGACCUGUUCAAAGUGUGUCCCAAAAGCCAGUGUGUGUCCACUCCAGGCCACCGUACUGACCUAUUCUUGAGAGACCCAGGAAGUGCCCUCAUCACAGAUUUCUUUGGUAGUGUCCGCAAAGUUGAGAUCACAAUGGAAACCAUCAACUUGACCAACCCUAUUGAGCCGUUGGAUGAAAACCCUGUGAAUGGAGAGCUGCAAACAGAGGCUACAUACUCAUACGUGGACCAGCUGCCAGUGUCUGAGAUCAUCCAUCAGAAACCCAAACAGAAAGACUGGCAUCCUCCUGAUGGCUUCAUCCUGGGACUGUGGACCCUAAUCCUCCUGGUGUUUUUCAAGACUUAUGGCAUCAAGCACCUCAAACACAUCUUCUGAGGCCUCCGUGUUUACGUCGCUGGAUAUCAGAGGAUGUGGAGCUGAGGGAGACCAGGAGCCUGGACUGAAGGGAUAUUAGAGGGAAGGUGCAGUUUGUGACAGGCUUGUUUUUUCCCCUCCAUGGAACGAAGAUCUAUGUCCCCACAGCUGCCUGGCCAGAUAUGCUGUAAUGCUACUGGUGCCUUUUUUUACUUUGUUAUGAUUGCUCCCAAUACUGAUGAAAGGUUAACACAAUUUUUACGUUUCAGGAGAAAUGUUAAAUACUUGAAAGUCCAUGCGUAAGAUAUGAGCGUUAGCAUGCGUAUACCUUCAGCAAAACAGCCAUUUUUACCUGUUUCAUGUAUUCACUCUGACAAGAACUUCAAUAUAUUUAUUAUUAUUAUUUUUAGAUGUCAAGUUCUGUUUUGUUAAGCCAUUCCAUGAUUGCGCUGAUUUGGCUAAAAUGCACUGAUUCGAGUCUUCCGAUAAGAAUUUAAUUUAUUUUUGAGAGCUCUGCACAUUUCAGCAGCAGCUCUUUUUUUUAAGUGCUACUCAGAACAUCUACUCAGUCAGAAAGGAAAUUGUGCCACGAGAGCAGGCUGAUUGGCUGUAAGUGAGCUGUGGAGAGAUUACUAUUUAAUGUCUCUCCAGUCCAUAUACAGUACACCCCUUGACCGUCAUAUCAUGCUUUACGAAGGAUAACAACCCUACAUAAUACCAUCUCAGAUGAUGGACCCAUCUACUUUACCAUUCACCAAAUUGCCCUCGUAGCUCUCUAGCUGUGUACUCCACUGAUUGUAUUCUGGCUGAUGGACAGCUAUUUCCUGGCCAUUCAACAUCUCAUGCUACAGCAGCGAUAAGUGAGUGAUAACUUAGUAAGCUGCCAGCAAUCCCAAAUGAAUCUCCUCAUUGCUGGGACAUGUUUUCCUCCUUUUUUUUUUCUUUCUUUCUCUCCAUAUGUAACCACUCUACAUUAGGGUCAUUGUUGGGGGAAUGACUGAUGCUCAUGGCAUAUGGAUUGAACCGGUGGUAGUUUAUCUUUGCUCCUUGGCGUGUGGACCCGCCCAUCGGGGGUGCCCAGUGCCACUCUGCCUGGCAGCUGAUGUGGAAAAUAGAUGGAGUUGGAAAUGAAACCAUAUGUAUCAGAAAGCAGCUGCUGUGUCAGCCACUGUGUACCUUUUCUUUUACAUUAUUUAUGCAACACUUAUUUCGUCCUCCUGAUUCCUCCUUAUUUCCUGUAAUCUUAUUCCUCCUGCUUCCCUUUCGGUGUGAGCUAGCACAUUUUAUUUCCUCAAUUGGUGAGAUUUUGAUGCCCUGAUUAAAGAUGAAACACUGAAUCAAAGGAAUAAAUGUAUGUCUUUAAUUGCCUGUUUUAUCCUUUUUAAGAAGAUGUUAAACUUCCUUAAUUCCUCUGUAAUACUAUUUGAAGACACCAGAUCUGUUUUAUUGUUACAAAACCUUGAAGGUACAGUGCAUUCAGAAAGUACUUGGACUCCUUAUUUUCCUUUUUCCCCUCAUCAAUCUACACUCAAUAUUCCAUAAUGACAAAGUGAUCUCUCUUGAUCAUCUUUAGGAUGUUUCUAGACCUUGAUUUUUACAUCUUGAUUGGAGUCCACCUGUGGUAAGUUUGGAAAUUAUUUGGAAAGGCACACACCUCUUUAUGUAAGGUCUUGCAGCUAACAAUGCAUAU